AUGUUUCAAUCGUAUUAUUCUCAGCAAGCGCCGGCUCCAGCUUCGGCUCCGGCGUAUGGCUAUUAUCAUCCACACCAACAACCACCACAACAACCACAACAACCACUUUAUGAUUACUACGACGAAUACAGUGGUCAUCCAAUUAUUCACAAUUAUCACCACUAUAUGGCCGCUCCCUUGCCACUAAUGGCUCCUCCGGCUCCUCCGGUGCAUGUUCCCCCUGCACCUUUGCCGGAUCAUCCUCCAGUGUCUGGCGGAAUCAGCCAAGUGUUGGAUUACGACAUCUCCACCAUGGCCAACUUUAUCUCGUGGUGCGGGUAUGGCAUGCUCAAACAACUGAGACCCGCUCUGGCCGAAUUCAAGAGCCUUUUGGUGUCGGUUCUCUACGCCACCAGACUCUCACGGUCAACCAUUAUUGUGGCGUUGGAGUAUAUCAACCAGCGGUUCUGUUCGCACGAAAUUUCUGAAAUGCUGGAAUCUGACAUCUUUUCCAAAAUCGUCACCUCGAUGGUUCUCGCCAACAAAUUCAACGACGACAACACUUUCACCAAUCGCAGCUGGUGUGGUGCCACCGGUUUGCUGAUCGAGUCUCUCAACUUGGAAGAGAGAUCAUGGCUUAAGGAGAUGAAAUGGCAGCUCAGCGUGGUACUUUUCGAACACAAUAUCCGUACUUUGGAAGAGUGCUGGUCCACGUGGCUCGAAAAGUAUAACGACAGUGUCACUCCUCCUCCAUCUUCGCCAUUGUCACCAUAUCAUCAUCGUGGAUAUUCAUCCUCGUCUUAUCAACCAUAUAGUCCCGGUGCGUACCCCACAUCCACCGAGGACGACUGGAGCUGUCGUGGCUCCAAUGUGUGGUCAUACCCAAUGUAUGGCUAUAAUCCCAACGUGGUGGGAUACACCAAUCCUUACUACGGAAGCACCGCGUAUUAG